CUUUAAUUUUUCAAGUCUUUCUUUUGUCCAGAUGGUGGCGCAGCGUUGUCCCAGCUAUGUCUUUUUUGUCAGCUAGAGCGCGGCAAUUGUUGCUGAUUGAAGCGCGCCACCAGUACCCUGCUCAUCUUUGGACGGUCUGAGAAGCAGGCCCAGCGGCUUCUGGACUUCACUGAUUGCUUGCACGCGUUUUGCAAACGCAGUCAAGGGUGCCCGAUAAGUCAAAAGCACGGACGGACUUGUUUUGUGCCGUCGAUUCAGCACUUGUUCAACUUCAGACCCCAAGAUUUACUCUCUGUUGAAAACGAAGAUUUGGCGGCAGAAGCUUAGACGGCCAUAUCUAGAGGUCCAGUUUAUGCCUCAGGGCUCUUUGGAGGUUUCACGUUUGGCAAGGCCAUUUUCUUGAGUGCAAACAAGAGUUGCCGCUGAGGCCUUUUUCUUGAGAGCAAACAAGAGUCGCCAGAUCCUAGUCAAUGAGCUAGCACCCGGCAAAGGCAAGCUUUCUUCGUGAUGCAUCUCCUGCCCUCGUACCCCACUCGGUAACUUAAGUCAAAGCCAGGCCCCCAGCAUGGCACCCCGUAAGGACCGCGUGUCCUACUUCUUUGAUGCUGACGUCGGCAGCGUCUACUAUGGUCCCAACCACCCCAUGAAACCGCACCGCCUGUGCAUGGCACACAGUCUAAUUCUGGGAUAUGGACUGCACGAGAAGCUGGAGGUAUACCGGCCCCACAAGGCGUACCCGCAGGAGUUCGCGCAAUUCCAUUCCACAGAUUAUGUGGAAUUUCUGCACCGGAUCACGCCCGAGAUGACGGACUACUACAAGGACCAGCUGGUGCGAUACAACAUGGGCGAGGACUGUCCCGUGUUUGACGGCCUCAUCGACUUCUGCAAGAUUUACACGGGGGGCACCAUUGACGGCGCGGUGCGGUUGAACCAUGGCCUGUGCGACAUUGCGAUCAACUGGUCCGGCGGGUUGCAUCAUGCCAAGAAGCAGGAGGCCAGCGGGUUUUGUUACAUCAACGAUCUUGUGCUGGGCAUCCUGGAGCUGCUCAAGUACCACGCCCGCGUUUUGUACAUAGACAUUGACAUUCAUCAUGGGGACGGGGUUGAGGAGGCGUUCUACAUGACAGAUAGGGUAAUGACCGUGAGCUUCCACAAGUACGGCGACUACUUCUUCCCUGGGACGGGGGACGUCAAAGAUAUUGGCGAGAGGGAUGGCAAGUUCUACGCCGUCAACGUGCCGUUCAAGGACGGCAUUGACGAUGCUGGCUUCCAUAAGCUAUUCAAACCGGUAAUGACCAAGGUGAUGGAGAUUUUCCAGCCGGGCGCAGUCGUUUUGCAGUGCGGGGCAGACUCGCUCGCGGGGGACCGCCUCGGUUGCUUCAACCUCUCCAUCGACGGUCACGCAGAGUGCGUCAAGUUUAUGAAGAAGUUCGCCGUCCCGCUGCUGGUGACGGGCGGCGGCGGGUACACGAAGCAGAACGUGGCGCGCGCCUGGACGUACGAGACGGCGGUCCUGCUGGACGCGCAGCUCCCCAACGAGCUGCCCGUCACCGAGUACUACGAGUACUUCCGCCCCGACUACCUGCUCAAGCCGCCCGUCAACACGCUCAUCGACAACGGCAACGCCAAGUCGUACCUGCAGGCCAUCAAGAACACCAUCAUGGAGAACCUGCGCGCAAUUGUGCACGCGCCCAGCGUGCAGAUGCACGAGGUGCCGCCCGACUCGUACAUUCCCGAGGUCGACCAGGACGACCUUACCAGCCCCGACGAGCGCUUCUCGCAGUUUCAGAAGGACAAGAUGGUAGCUAGAGACGAUGAGUACUACGAGGAUGAGUACGAUCAGGACCAUGAUACAGAGGAGCCCAGAAGACAUGCUUGAUCGUGAGGCCCUUGUUUCCCUAGCUAAGCGAGCUCGGGAAACAUUGACUUCCAGUUGAUCUCUCACAUCGCCGUCUAAUAAUCGUGCUGUUCUUUUUGGGGCUGUGCUGCCAUAUCGAACUUGUCAGGAUAAUCAGCGCAGUGAUGCUUCGAAAGCAUACAUAGUGCCUUUCCGGUCGGAACCCUUUCCAUAGUGGGUGUACAUCACGCGUUGUCAGCAUGCCCCUCUCUGAAGGGUGGGUAUGGUUGUACAGUCCCAAUUCAAUGCUCGGUUCAUUCAUUACGGAUUUGGAUGGUCGAAAAGAG